AUGGAUUUAAGGGCAUUAGAUGACCCUCCACCACUAGAAAUAGCACAAAUAAGUGAUAUAAAUGUACUUUCUUGUUGGGAACAAUGGCUUAAACUCUCCUUUUCUACCUCCGAUCUACAUAUUGUUCGUGCUUGGACUCUUCAAUCUCGUGCUACAGAAAUCGCAUUCGAGGAACAGGCCAGAGCAUUAAGAGGUCCUAUAGUAUAUUCUUUCUUAGAUAGGGAUCGUAUCCCUGGUCCUGUUUCCUUAGAGGAGGUAAUAGAGGGUACUAAUUUAUCAUGUAAUUGGGCACAAUUACUGUACCCUGUUGGGGCCCUCGAGGCCCCCCCUGCAUUUGCUGCAUGCCCUGCUAGUACAUUUAAGAUACUUGCAUGCAAAAUUGCUACAGGGAGUACUCUUGCUCAUCAAGAUGCAGAAGGGGAUUUUGAGAAGAGAAAGAUUCCUGCAAAUUAUUCAUCAUUGGCUCUUGUACAAUCUUCUCCUUCAACUAAUGAAGCAAAGAUAUUACGGAUGUUAUAUCGUGUAAAGGAGAGUAUGCAAGUAUUACCAUUAAUAAUAAUAGAAUAUUCAUUACAAUUAUUAUUAAUAGAGGUAUCUUCUCCUUUAUGUGAUUUAUGUCAUCUUCUUCCUUCUUCUCUCUUCUGCCCAGCAGAUAAGGCACAUCUAUGUGAUGCAUGCGAUCUAACUCAUCAUUCUGCAUCUAGGCUACUAGCUAGACAUAGGAGGCUACCUGCUGCACAUUCUCCUUUUCAAUUUGGCCAAUGUCCAAAUCAUCCAUCAGAGAUGCUCGAUUGUGUCUGCAUGGUGUGUUUUGUCGCCCUCUGCCCUCAUUGUAUUCUUAUUGGCCAUCACUCAGCAGCAGAUUUCUCCGAACAUCCGCUUAUAUCAACACUUGAUGCAUACAAGAUGAGCAUGCAGGGAACCUCCCCGAGCGAAGAAGCAGUAAAUAUGCGUAGAGAAAAGAUAAUAAAAGAUUUACAAGAAAAUCAUCGCCUAUUGGCGCGUCUGCAUGCAAACUUUGCCUCUGUACACCGUAAAAUAGAUGACUCCAAUAAGUAA